CUCCUUUCUCACCGUCUGCAGGACUCAUAUUGGCCAACUGCAUGCAUAUUUUUAUAUCAAUCGGUAGCUACGGGGUGUCCGAGUCGGAUAGUUCAUUGCAAAAAAAUUGUUCAGAGGGUGCAUAUCUACCACAUAUAGUGGCCUUCUUUCCAUAGUUCCCAGCCCGCCGCAUAGAAAUGUAUAUAGGUCCAUAGUAGCUUGGUAUCGACCUGCUUUCCUCUGACUCUGGUUAGACAAGAGUUAAACGUUGGUACCAGUCCUAUAAACCCAUUAUUCAACAGGGAGGAAAUAGGAAGAGCGACUGCUAAGUCAGGGGAUACCAUUCCAACAUGUUUCGCAGCCAGGCCCCCCAAUUUUGUUGAAUCCAGACAAUGAUGUACAGCUGACAGAUGGUCUUUCUGGAUCCAAUAUCUUGCCCCUGUAUUGCUGGAGGGUCUCGUACCUUCCCUGUACUACAAACAUAUCAUGCAGUUCUCCGACCUGGUGCGUGAAUGCUUGGAGUUCGAGUAUUCCAGAGAUAGGCUAUCCGGUCUGACGAUCUUCAGACCGGAUCAGGUGAAUGAUGAUCUUUGGAAGAAGAUUCUGGAGGAUGUCCGCCGAAGCGCUGUUCGAACCUUCGGUGACAAAGUGGAUAAGGAGACAUGGAAAUGGACAGGCUAUGAGGAGCGUGUGCUCGUCAUGGGUCUUGUUGCCGACAAGCAUAUCGACAUCUUUGGUGCUGCCCGCUGUAACAGCAAGUGGCCUAUACGGUCACUGGGCAUGCAGUACCUUAAAAAUAAGGCCCAAACUGCUAGGAAGAAGAGAAGCUCGUGAUCUUCCUCCUAGCGGAUGUCUCGAUUGCGUUUUUGUAUAUUGUACUUUAAUAAUUCUAUUUUUUGUAUUUUUAUGAUUCGAUGCAUGUAAUUCGAC